AUUUAUUAACUUAUCGUUACGACAACGAACGUCUCUUAAUUAAUAAUCAUGUAAAUGCAUUAUUUAAUUUACAACAAGCACAAAAAGAAUCAAGUCAGUGUUUGAGAAACAUUAUUGAUGUCACUAAUAAAAACUUGCGUGCACUUGCCAGUCUCGGCCAACCAACUGACCACUGGGAUACGCUUAUCAUUCAUAUCAUGUCUAAAAAAUUAGAUGAAAUUUCUUUUAAGGAGUGGGAAGAAUUUCGUAGUACAUUAACAGGUUACCCUACUCUAAAACAAUUCAUAACUUUUUUAACAAACAGAUCUGAUUUAUUAGACACUAUACAACAACAAAUGACAUAUAAACAGAACACUCAACAAAAACAAAAUACAUUUAAUUUACAAGUACAACACAUACAAAAAACAGAUACAAAGCAAAAUAAUAUUAAUACUACAUGUUCUAUGUGCAAAAAGAGUCAUUUCUUAUUUAGUUGUCAGGAAUUUAGAAACCUUGACGUCAAUAGCCGUUUACAAAAAAUAAAUAAUUUUAAGGUCUGUAAAAAUUGUUUACGUCCAGGUCAUAUAGAUAAACAUUGCAAAUUAUCACACUGCAAGUAUUGUAAGCUUAAACAUAAUACACUCUUACACACACACAUACAAAAUCAAACAGAAUUACCAGUAACACUCACUUCAUCUACUAAUACUUAUAUACAAAAUACUAAAACCUCUUCCGUACUGCUUUCCACAGCGUUGGUGAAGGUGAUGGAUUCUAUAGGGAGACUUCGCACAGCUCGCGUUCUACUAGACAACGGCAGCACUUCUAACUACAUCACGCAGCACUUCUGCGAGAAACUAGGUUUGACGAAACAUGAUACGAGCUCCACUAUUGUAGUUUCAGGCAUUAUACAUACACACACAAAACAUAACAACACAAAUAAUAAUACAGAACAUUCUUCUUCUUGUCACUUUCUUCAAAAUGAUGAGUCAAUACUUAACCGGUUCUGGGAGCUGGAGGCGGUAUCUUCCGAGCACUGCUUAUCACAGGAGGAACGAGCUUGUGAGCGAACCUUCGCGGAGACCACAGCACGAAACAGCGACGGCAGGUUUGUAGUCACAAUACCAUUAAAAGACUCACCUGAAGUACUCGGGGAUUCCUAUGCAGCGGCGAAACGUCGUCUUCUUUCCUUGGAGCGCAGAUUUUUACGUGAUUCACUUUUAAAAGAAAGGUAUUUACAAUUUAUGUCAGAAUAUCUAGCCUUAGGGCAUAUGUCAGAAAAUAAGAAAAUUAUGUCAGAUAAAAAUAUUAACUAUUACUUACCUCAUCAUGGGGUGAUUCGGGAGUCGAGUACAACGACCAAAUUACGAGUUGUCUUCGACGCGUCAGCAGUCACAACUACGGGUAAGUCUUAUAACAACAUACAGAUGGUAGGACCGAUUGUACAAGACGAUCUCUUAUCUAUUUUACUCAGAUUCAGACAACAUAAAUAUGUAAUCUCAGGCGAUAUAGAAAAGAUUUACCGAGAUAUUCUCGUUACACCUUCUCAACGCCACCUACAACAGAUUUUAUUUCGAUUUAAUUCUAAAGAACCAAUUAAAUCAUAUACACUUAACACAGUAACGUACGGCACGUCAUCAGCGCCAUACCUCGCGACUAAAUGUUUAGUUACAUUAGCAGAUACAUGCACUGAUAUUGAAGUAAAAAAUUCAAUUCGCAGAGAUUUUUAUGUCGACGACUACCUCAGUGGGGGCGACUCUGUCGCUUCUGUCAUCGAACUAGCUAAAAAUGUUACAAAAAUUAUGGAUACUGCUAAAUUUAAUUUAAGAAAAUGGCAAUCAAACAAUACAACUAUAUUACACUCUAUUACGCAAAACACAAAUCAACAACAAUCAGAAAAAACCUUAGACUUGAAUGAUUAACUUCCCAAUAAAACAUUAGGGUUAAAUUGGGAUUGUAACUCAGACAAUCUUUUCUUUUCUAUAAACGUUCAGACUAAUAAAAAGAAAAUAUCGAAGUGCGUUAUUUUAUCUCUUAUCAGUCAAGUCUUCGACCCUCUAGGUUUAUUAGGCCCGUGUACAGUCGAGGCAAAAAUUCUAAUGCAGAAAUUGUGGCUCGACAAAUUCAACUGGGAUGACGGGGUCUCUUAUGAUAUUCAAAUUAAAUUUUUAAAUUUUAUUAAUUCACUUGUAGCUUUAAAUUCACUUCGCAUACCACGUUGGGUUUGUCUCGAUGCGUCAGUUACGUACGAACUACACACAUUUACAGAUGCCUCGGAACGUGCAUACGGAUCAUGUGUGUACGUGAGAUCAGUUGAUGAGCAAGGAAGAGUUUGUGUCCGUCUUCUUGCUUCCAAAAAUAAAGUAGCACCCUUAAAACCUGUCACUAUCCCCAGACUGGAGUUAUGCGGCGCUUUACUCGGUACUAGGCUUUGCACUAAAGUUCUACAAUCACUAACAAAAACUUUUAAUAAUUGUUAUUAUUGGACAGAUUCGAUGAUAGUUCUUGGUUGGCUAAAUAC